AUGUCGGACUUCUCUCAUCUUACUAGGGAGAAAUCCUCCGUUUCCUAUAGUUACGACAACCUUUCUGGAUGGAAACGCCUACGUCCUUUAAGACCAUUCCGUGGAAUGUACCAUGAUGUUCGACGGCGCCUGCCCUACUACUGGAGUGACUUUUCGGAUGCUCUGACAUACCGGACAAUUGCCAGCACCAUCCGGAUGUACUUUGUCAAUAUACUCCCCGCCAUCGCCUACACCUUAGAUAUGUACCGUCGCACCGGUGAGUUUUAUGGCAUCAACGAGGCGCUCUUUUCCUCAGCGUUGGCUGCUAUGAUCUUCAGCCUGCUUGGUGCGCAGCCGCUCACCAUUGUCGGGAUCACCGGUCUCAUCUCGUUGUUCAAUUAUACAAUCUAUGAUAUUGUCACGCGAUAUGAACCUGCGAUUUAUGCUAAUUUCAUGUGUUGGACCGCUAUCUGGGCGGCUAUCUUUCAUUGGAUCGUGGCCGUGUGUAAUCUCUGCGAUUACAUGCGAUAUGUGACGGACUUUUCAUCCGAGUCGUUUGGUGCUUAUGUCGGGAUCAUCUAUUGCAUAAAGGGAGUCGAGGAACUGGUCAGCGAAUUUAGCGAGUACGGAUCGGCAGCUGGCUACAUGAGCACCAUGAUUGCCAUCCUGUAUUUCUUAACCAUUUAUGGAUUGGAGAUGCUAGGGUCCAGCACUAUCUGUCGGCCAUGGUUUCGAGGAUUACUGGCAGAUUAUGCCUAUGUAAUCGCAACAAUCUUCUGGGUAGGCUUUGCCCAUAUUCCAGGAAACCUGAAAUCCACUGGUAUCUCCUUCGUCCCCAUUACUCGGGCCUUUUAUCCUACGCAGCCGCGGGGCUGGUUAAUUCAUUUCUGGGAGCUGGAGGUGAAAUGGGUCUUUGCUGCGUUGCCAUUUGGUUUUCUCAUCAUGCUGCUGUUCUACUACGAUCAUAAUGUAAGCAGUCUCGGUGCCCAAGCGCGCCAGUUCCCCCUCAAGAAACCAGCAGGCUUCCACUGGGACUUCUUCCUCCUCGGCUGCACGACCUUCCUCGCCGGCAUCACCGGAAUCCCAAUGCCAAACGGCCUUGUUCCCCAGGCCCCCGUGCACACCGACUCACUCACCAUCUACGAAACCAUGCUCGCCCUCAUCCCGACCUCCGAAGGUGAAGGCGCCGAACUCCGCCGUCCCAUCACAAAAGCCACCGCCGUCGUCGAGCAGCGCGUUUCCCAUUUCCUCAUGGGUCUGGCCAUCAUCGGCACCAUGACCGGUCCCCUCCUCAUUGUCCUGCACACCAUGCCGGCUGCUGUCUUUGCCGGUGUUUUCUUCAUCGUCGGAUGGGGCUCCAUCGAGUCGAAUGGGAUCCUGAAGAAACUUGUCUUUCUGGCUAUGGAGAACCGGUUCAUUCAGAGGGAUGAGCCUCUGCUGAGGGUCCGUAAGAGGAAGAUUGUGGCGUAUGUCGCGUGUCAGAUCUUUGGUGUUGCUGCUUGUGUGGCAGUUUCGCAGACGGUGGCUGCUAUUGGCUUCCCAAUCCUCAUCACAGCCAUGAUCCCUUUCCGCGUAUACAUCAUCCCAAAAUGGUUCUCGCAGAUCGAACUCGACAUCCUGGAUGACUUGACUGCGAACAACACGGCCGUGUUGGCGAGCUUAGGCGGCCCGCCGAAGUUUCCCGGGGAAGGCUCUGAUGAUGGUAAUGAUGCUGGUGGAGAGGUGGGACGGGGACGAGGACAGAGUCAGGAGGAAGAGCAUUAUGGGGUAGAAAGAAGGUAUUCGGAGCAUAGGAGGGGGUCGGUGAGGUAUCGGUAG